GGCCGUGCAUCACGUGGCCGUGCAGCGUCCAGGGCGCGAGGGCGCGGAGCAGCGGGCUGCUGGGCAUGGACCCGCAGACCUCUCGGGCAGUGGCGCUUGGGGCUGCGGAGCCACCUCGGGGUCUGUCGCUGCCAAGCGCGCGGGUGGCGCCCCCAAGCCCGGAGGCUGGCUUUGGCCCAGACGACCACUCCAGUCAGGAGAGAGAAACGAAGAAGGCCACGGAUCGCCUAGCCAGUGGAGCACAGAGCAUCCCUAACGAUAGUCCUGCCGGUGGUGAGGGCCCCCCUUCUGAAGAGGAAGGCUUUGCGGUGGGGGAUGAAGAUUCUGAUGGGGAACUGAAUUCCUGGGAGCUGUCGGAAAGGAUGCCCCGCUGUCUGCCCAAGGAAAGGGCUGCUGAUCUUCUUAAUGAGGACUGGGACUUGGAGCUGAAAGCAGAUCAAGGGAAUCCAUAUGAUGCUGACGACAUACAGGGUUGCAUUUCCCAGGAGGCCAAACCGUGGGUGUGCUGUGCCCCGCAAGGAGAAAUGCUCUACGACCCCAGCUGGCACCAUCCGCCUCCACUGAUACCGCAUUAUUCCAAGAUGGUCUUUGAAACUGGACAGUUCGAUGAUGCUGAAGACUGAGUGCAGCUUUUGCCUGGUGGAUGGAUGGGCCCUCAAGAUCAAGGUCUCCUUUUCUUUGAGGUGAGAUGUCAUACCUGAGGAAAUAUUCCUGGUAAUGCCCGAGCCAGGUACACGGACUGGUGUUAAAUAAGGUCCCACAGUCCCCUUGUUCUUUUGUUGUUGUGUUGUGUUUAAAGAGCUCCUCUUUGGACGUGCGUUUUGUUUCUGUGUCAGGAGGAGGAGUUGUGUUCUUUAUAAAUAAAGGCAGCAAAAAAA